CUGUGGGAGCUUUUCAAGGUCAAGGCAAUAAAUUUUCAGAAUGGUUCUGAAAAAGUUAAUGGCGAUCAACAAAACGACCUGUGUAGUUCGACAGUUGAUGCAAGCCCAGUGUGCGAUACGUCGUCAUCGCUUCUCGGACUUCAGCAUAUUUCUAACGGAGGUGAAUCACAAACGCCGAGUGCCAGUGCUGCACCUUCACUUUAUGGUGAUGAUCAGCACCCGUCCUCUUCUUCAGGAUACGGCGAUGAGCCGAUAUCAUCGUUUGAAGAAGCGAGUAAUAUGGAUACUCGUGCUAGUGGUUCUGAUGUGUCAACCCAACCGAUGACACCAUCGUCCAAUGAAGGGGCUUCACCUGCCGUUCACACGAAACGAAGAAGAGAUAGGUCGACAGCUCUUUCACGUUUUUGCGAACAAGUUGACCCCGGCGGUAAAGGACAGUGCCGACAACGAGCAAUAUUGAACUACAGGUAUUGUAUUAGGCAUAUCUUAAUGGAUCCAGAAGCACCGUAUCGCCGCUGUCAGCAUAAAAGAAAGCCAAAAAGUAAGAAGGACGAAAAUCUCUAUUGCACGAAUGCAAUAAAGAAUAGCGAGUCUUCUAUUUAUUGUAGUACUCAUAUGAUCAUGAAUGGUAUGAAAGAGCCAAAAAAGAAGAAGUCAGUUGUAACGCAGUCUGAUGGCAGGGCUGAAAACGAUGGGCAGCGCGGGACAUGGAGCAGUGAGGAUGCUCAAAGCUCUUCGCAACCAACGACAUCUUUGCCACCCAUCGAGAACUUUGAGCAGUCACACUAUAACGAUGGAGAACGUUGGGGUUUUGAUAACGUAGCUGAGCCUUCUCGAGUGGAGGAAGUUGUAACGCCGGUUGCCACUACUGCUCCUCCUCCUCCACCACCACCGCCUCCUCCUCCUCCUCCCCCCCCUCCUCCUCCCCCUCCUCCUCCACCUCCAUCUGCCUCUUCUCAGGAACCAUUUAGGAGUCAAGAAACUUUUGCUGGGAAUAAUUACAGGCCUUCUAUUGUACAACGAUCUUUUUCACAACCAAUGCGUACAUCAUCUAGUCUACCUUCUGUGUUUGAAAAACCUUCGUCUAACCUCGGGACUUCUAGUCAAAUAGUUGAUGAAUCUUCUUGUUCUUCGAUGUCUUCUUCGCUACAACAAAAAUCAGUUAUGAUUUGUGGACAGGGGCCUGGGCUUGCGCCUCAUAGUCUGCAGCAGCCAACUCACUCGUACAGUGGGGCGCCACAGGCUCCUAGUUUAUCCAAACAACAUCAGCUGUUAGCGAAACUUCUUGUGCAGUCGUCACCAGCUCCACAGCAGAGUGUAUAUCCAGUGGUACCUCCAGCUUCAGCUCCUGCCACCUUAACACCUCGACCGGAUCUUCCAGUGACUGCAGUGCCACCAAAUGCUAAUUUACCCUACGCUCCUCAAAUUUUGAGGCCUUCAAUUUUCCCAAGCAAGAAGUAUUAUUCCAUAGAAGGUCUAGAUGAUGAUGACGAAGAAGAUGAAAAAGCAGAAUUUUCCCAAGCUCAAACGAAGCCGGCACUUAUUCAAUUAAAGCAGAAGCGUCACCGCACGAACAUGCUUGGUUUGUAUCGAAGCAUACCUAGUGUUAACAAGCUUUGCGAUUUGUUAGAUGACUAUGACUGUGAAAACAUGGACUUAUUCCCUUGUGGACUUGAACCAUCUGAUGACGAGGACUCCGACAAUGAAAUGGAACGUGAGUCAUCUGCGCUCAAGCGGCAAAUGUUUGACAGUGCAGAGAACACUGCUCCUGAAGUCUAUCUUCUUAAAAAACGACUAAGAUUGGAUCGUAGUCUUUUGACAAGAGAAGCACAGAUUAAUGCUUUCGUAAUGAUGGCUGCGAAACAAUAUCCUAAUAGCGUUGGAUUAGUGCUGUCCCAUCGGGGCUCUCGUACCUGCGUUUUUCCACGUGAUCGUAACCGACGAUGUUGUUAUACGUUUUCUGAUGGUUGCACUAGAUGUUCUGAGAAUGCAGUGCCGAUGAGCAACCAUUGUAAGCGGCAUAUUUUGUAUAAUAUCGACCAGAAACUUUUUUCAUAUUGCUCUGAAAGUUGCUGCAGCGAACCCGUUUUGUGUGUCGAUGCUUUAAUAACAAAUGGUGUUUGUCGGCAGCAUUACGAAAUGUCGCUUUGCAAUACAGAUGCAACUGUGCCAUCUGUAGUUGAUUCUGUAAGACAUGACCCUGGCUUGCUUCCAUUGAAUCCUUUAAAUGACUCACCUAUUGAAUCUGGUGGUGGUUUGCCGCCGUUUGGCUUUGUUCCGCAUGACCCAAUGUCGUUGUCAUAUAACGAUGCUUUUACCACUUUGGACCAGCGUAAUGAAUUUGGACAGCCAGCGGAUUUCGGUGAUACUGAAGUGUCCGACGUCGAUAUGUUUGACUCCGUCGCCAAAGAUUUUGGCUUUCCUGAUGUCGAUACAAUGCUAGCUGACUUGCCAUCGGAAGGUGAGGAUCCCUCAGUGUUGCUGCAUGACCGAUCAGCAGGAAGCAAAGUUAGCGACAAUUUGGUUCUUGGAUCGUAUAGCAUUAUACCAGAUCCUCACGAUGGUGAGUUUUGGGAAGAUAUGGCUCAAAUAAUGCGUUCUGAUGGAUUCCCUGCUAACUCACUGACGCCGCCUAUGUACAGCGCUGAAACCCCAUCACCAAUGAUGCCGCAGUCAUCAAAUAGUUCUACAGGCUCAUAUAAUCCGUCUCCAUCUCCUGCACAGACCUCUCGUUCACAUCCGCAACCAAUACCUGCCGCAUGUAGUUUGCUUUCUCGUCGUUCUUAA